UAUAAUAAGCUUCCCAUUUUUGCUCAUGUGCGGAGACCUGCAAACUUUGUGUGUUACCGUUUUGUUUAUCCUGCUGAAAAGCCAUUGAAAACCUCUCAUCGAGAGAAAAUUAUGGAACCUAAACCUGUCAAAUUAUUCGUGAAGGUGAUGAAUUCGGAAGAUCCAACGAUAGAAAUCCAUGCAGAUUCUAAUGAUUCAAUAAAGUCUAUCCAUGAGAAAAUUCUAGUGGCAGCUAGAAUCCCUGUUACAGAGCAGAAAUUAUUCCAUAAUGGGAAGCAACUAGAUCAGUGUCUUCACACACUCGAAGACUGCUCAAUUGAAAACGAAGCUUCGCUGGAGUUGAAGGUAGAACUCAGGUGGGACGACUCGGACGAAUCAUCAGCACUUCUCCAAAAGAUUCACAAAAUGAGUUCAAACUGUUGUCGCAUGUGCCAAGUGGAAUCUGUCUCCGAAGAUCAAGAUGUCUCAGAGCAUGAUUACAAGACCAUUCUCGAGGCGUUUAUGCUCCCGAAAGAAAAGGAUUUGGAGAUUCUUAAUCUGUAUUCUGUCCCUGCGACUAUGGUUAUGCUUUAUAACUCACCAAUUGAAGGUAACAAAUACUAUGCUGAUUUUUUAAUAAGGUUUUCCAUGGAUCUCUUACUGAUGAGUGCAAAUAAGUUUCUUGGUGAUGAAAAAGCACCUUUAGUGUUAGAAUUUUGUAAUUUGCUCAGGGAGGUAUCUAAUGAAGAUCCUCUGUAUCAGUCAUGCCGGACUACUCUAAGAAAAUUGCUGGAAAUAGGUAACUAUGAGAUACAUCUCAAUAAUGGGUUACGCACAAUGCUCGAAAUUUUAGAUUUUUUUAAAGAGUCGUUAGUAGCCCUAUUACAUGGAUUGGGCCAGGCCUUCUACCCGAGCGCGCACAUUCAGUCGCUGAAAAUUCAAUUUCGUGACUUCCGAACAUUCUCACGCGCAUUAUGUCAAGCAAUUCAUGGUCAGGCGGAAACCGAUGAAGAUGGUGAGGUUGAUAAUGAGGAUGAUGAGACAGAUGAAGAUGAUGAGGUUAAUAAUGAGGAUGAUGAGCGUAAGGUUGAUAAUGAGGAUGAUAAGCGUACAAAAAUGAUAGUUCGGGUCUCGACUAGAGCAAUUAAAAUUGGAUUUAUAGAAGUAUUGAAAAAAAUGGAGGUGCAUCUUAGUCGUCUGCCGCUUAUAGUACAAGGAUUGAAAUAUACUGAUGCUUUGGUAUUUAAUGAUGCAAUGCGUUCUAUUUCAUUUUUGUAUCUCGCCAUUCUGAAAGAAUUGAACAGCAUGUCUCAGCUUGUGAAGGGUGGUAAAGAUAAGUUUCGGCAGGUAUUAGAGGGUCAUAAGAAUUCACUGCCACUGAUGAUUAAAAACGUUACAAGGAAAGAUGAUUAUGAUUGGCUUCUUGAGUACAAUGCUGAUAUUACGAGGAAAGAUUAUCAUGGUUGGCUUCUUGAGCACAAUGAUGUGCUUGAUUCUGCGUCCAGGAUGCAUUUACUCAUGAUGAAGAUGAUCCCUGAGAAAAAACUACACGACCCACUGCUCUAUAAGCCUCUUAUUCGAUGGUCUAAAUAUAUGGACGAAAAGCUGUAUGAGCAAUUCAGAAAGAAGAAUCUUACAGAUUCUCAAGUAUUGCAGGAUUGUUUGUGCAAGUUGUGCCAAAUUCUAUUCAAACCACAAAAUCUUCUUUUACUGGCGUGCCCAAAUGAUCCUACAAAAUUCUAUCCUAAUCCUGAACUAAAACGACAACCGUUACACCUGGACAGUUUUAAAAUUUCUGGAAUAGUGAUUGCACUGGCGUUGAUGCAUGAAGUACACAUAGGCAUUGCCUUUCAUCAUCUGUUUCUUUUGCUGUUGGCUGGAAAUGAUAUUUCUAUGGAAGACAUACGGGAAGCAUGUCCAUCUUUUUGCAACAAGAAGGCCAAGGAACCUUCUCAUGAUGAUAAUCUAAUUCGGAAAGAAUUUAUCCAGUCAGUCUCUGAACAGAUAAACUUUUUCAAGCAAGGCUUUCAUAGUGUAUUUGGAGAAUCAAUCAACCAACUGCUAUCCUAUAGAGGAAUAGAGCUUGAAGAUCUUAACCAGGUGCUACAAGGAAACUUAAACCUUAAGUUUAAUUUCGGAAAAAAGAGAAAAUAUGAAGACAAUGAAAGUGAUCCUCUGACGUCUCAGAAUAAUGAAAGUGAUCCUCUUAUGUACCAGUUCUUCAAGGUUAAUCGACAAAGAGUUAGUAUUACAGAAUGGCAAGAGGGUAAGUUUUUGGGAAAGGGGGGUUUUGGAGAAGUGUACGAAGGAUAUGCUCCUGGUGGUUUCUUUUUUGCCAUCAAGGAAAUAAAAAUUGAAAAUGAGGGGAUGAUUGAGGAAAUUAAUCAUGAGAUUGAUUUAUUAUAUCAAUUGAGACAUCCAAACAUAGUAAGUUAUUAUGGCACGGAGAGGCGUGGAUCGAAGGUCUAUAUUUUUCUUGAACUUGUAAGACCAGGUUCCCUCAAACAAAUAUACAAAAAGGGUUUCAAACUGGAAGAUUCCCAAGUGUCCCACUACACUAAACAAAUACUUGAAGGUUUGAAUUAUCUCCAUGGGCUAGGUGUAGCCCACAGGGAUAUCAAAUGUGAAAAUAUAUUAGUGAAUUAUAAAGGACGUGUCAAAAUUACAGAUUUUGGAUUAGCAAAAGUGCCCGAAUUAAAUGCUUUUAUGAAGUCUUGUUGCGGCACAAUACCCUGGAUGGCUCCUGAGGUUAUUAAACGGGACACUGAGUAUGGAUUUAAAGCUGAUAUAUGGAGCCUUGGUUGCACUGUUUUGGAGAUGCUCACUGGGGAAAGUCCAUACUCAGAUUUGAACUGUGGUUCUAAAACGCUAAAAGACAAGAUUGUUGGAGGAAAAUUGCCAACUGUGCCUGAUUCUCUGUCUGAGCUUUCACGAGAUUUUAUCAUGAAGUGUCUGCAAGUUAAUCCAGAUCAUCGUCCAACUGCUGCUGAGCUUUUGCAGGAUCCUUUUGUCAAAGGUUCUGCCUUUUAGCAUUUUCAAAUUUCAGUCAACUCAUUUUCCUUUAUCUUGAACUCUGAAUAAUUCAAUGAGUGUCCAUUAGCAUUUCUUCUUGUUGCUUUCUUUUUUUUUUUUCACCUCCAACAGCUUUUCUGGACUGUAUUUGGACAUUGAUUUGUCUUCUUUAGCAAUUUUAAUGUCAGUUAAACUUUCACUUACACUUAUUGCUCCAUCCAGUAUAUUGGAGUGAUUUAUAUUUA